GUGAAAUAGUCAUGUUAUAUAAUGGUGGACUUGUAGUAUUUCAUUUCGGAUUUUAAUACGUGCUGUUGGAAAUAUAUGACAAUGUCUUUUAGUAAAAUAAUUGUGCGAUCACUUUCCAGUAGUAUUGCUGCUCAACAAUUGGUUAAGCCUCCGAUUCAAGUAUUUGGAGUAGGAGGACGAUAUGCUACAGCACUUUAUUCAGCAGGUUCAAAACAAAAAACAUUAAAUAAUAUUGAAAAAGAUCUUCUUAAAUUUCAAGAUCUUAUGAAGCAAGAUAAAAAAUUAAAUGAAUUUGUAAAAAAUCCAGCAAUAAAAAGAAAAGAAAAAGUAGAAGGACUUAAAUCAAUUGGAGGAAAAAUUAGUCUGAAAAGUGAAACAAUAAAUUUAUUAGCUUUAUUAGCAGAAAAUGGUCGACUUUCACAAAUUAAUAAUGUAAUUAAUACAUUUAAAUUAUUAAUGGCUGCUACUAGAGGUGAAGUUCCUUGUGAAGUAAUAACUGCAAAACCUCUUGAUGCUGAAAUGACAUCUAAGCUUCAAACAGCUUUGAAAGGAUUUUUAAGUAAAGGUCAAUCUAUUAUGCUUAGUGCAAAAGUUGAUCCUUCCAUUAUGGGAGGUAUGAUUAUAUCAAUAGGUGAUAAAUAUAUAGAUAUGAGUGUUGCUAGUAAAAUAAAAAAAUAUUCUGAUAUUAUUGCUGAAACAUUGUGAUUACUUUUUAUAACAUUCAGUAAAAUGAGCAAAGUUAAAGUAUUCAUAUAGAGUAAUUUAUGAAUAAUGUGUAUCAUUAAACAAUAAAUUAUUCCAUAUCUUUAUUCCUAUUA